GCGGCCUCCAGCGGGUGCGCGCGCGGACUGGAGCUGCUGCUGGCGAGCCGGACGUGUCCGCAAAGAUGGCGGGCCGGAGUAUGCAAGCUGCACGAUGUCCUACAGAUGAAUUAUCCUUAACAAACUGUGCAGUUGUGAAUGAAAAGGAUUUCCAGUCUGGCCAGCAUGUGAUUGUGAGGACCUCUCCCAAUCACAGGUACACAUUUACAUUGAGGACCCAUCCAUCAGUGGUUCCAGGGAGCAUUGCAUUCAGUUUACCUCAGCGAAAAUGGGCUGGACUUUCAAUUGGGCAAGAAAUAGAAGUUUCCUUAUAUACAUUUGACAAAGCCAAACAGUGUAUUGGCACAAUGACUAUUGAGAUUGAUUUCCUGCAGAAAAAAAACAUUGAUUCCAACCCUUAUGACACUGACAAGAUGGCAGCAGAGUUUAUCCAGCAAUUCAACAACCAGGCCUUCUCAGUGGGACAGCAGCUUGUAUUUAGCUUUAAUGAAAAGCUUUUUGGCUUACUGGUGAAGGAUAUUGAAGCCAUGGAUCCCAGCAUUCUGAAGGGAGAGCCUGCAACGGGUAAAAGACAGAAGAUUGAAGUAGGGCUGGUUGUUGGAAACAGUCAAGUUGCAUUUGAAAAGGCAGAAAAUUCAUCACUCAAUCUUAUUGGUAAAGCUAAAACUAAGGAAAAUCGCCAAUCUAUCAUCAAUCCUGACUGGAACUUUGAAAAAAUGGGAAUAGGAGGUCUGGACAAAGAAUUUUCAGAUAUUUUUCGACGAGCAUUUGCUUCUCGGGUAUUUCCUCCAGAGAUUGUGGAACAGAUGGGUUGUAAACAUGUUAAAGGCAUCCUGUUGUAUGGACCCCCAGGUUGUGGUAAAACUCUCUUGGCUCGGCAGAUUGGCAAGAUGUUAAAUGCAAGAGAGCCCAAAGUAGUCAAUGGGCCAGAAAUCCUUAACAAAUAUGUGGGAGAAUCAGAGGCUAACAUUCGCAAACUUUUUGCUGAUGCUGAAGAGGAGCAAAGGAGGCUUGGUGCUAACAGUGGUUUGCACAUCAUCAUCUUUGAUGAAAUUGAUGCCAUCUGCAAGCAGAGAGGGAGCAUGGCUGGUAGCACAGGAGUUCAUGACACUGUUGUCAACCAGUUGCUGUCCAAAAUUGAUGGUGUUGAGCAGCUGAACAACAUCCUUGUCAUUGGAAUGACCAACAGGCCAGAUCUGAUAGAUGAGGCUCUCCUUCGACCUGGAAGACUGGAAGUUAAAAUGGAGAUAGGCUUACCAGAUGAGAAAGGUCGACUACAGAUCCUUCACAUCCACACAGCAAGGAUGAGAGGGCACCAGUUACUUUCAGCAGAUGUGGACAUUAAAGAACUGGCAGUGGAAACCAAGAAUUUCAGUGGGGCUGAACUGGAAGGUCUUGUUCGAGCAGCGCAGUCUACUGCUAUGAAUAGACACAUAAAGGCCAGUACUAAAGUGGAAGUAGACAUGGAGAAGGCAGAGAGCCUGCAGGUGACAAGAGGAGACUUCCUUGCUUCUUUGGAGAAUGAUAUCAAACCAGCAUUUGGCACAAACCAAGAGGAUUAUGCAAGUUACAUUAUGAAUGGAAUCAUCAAAUGGGGCGACCCAGUUACUCGAGUUCUGGAUGAUGGAGAGCUUUUGGUCCAGCAGACUAAAAACAGUGACCGUACACCACUGGUUAGCGUCCUUCUGGAAGGCCCUCCUCACAGUGGGAAGACUGCUCUAGCUGCAAAGAUUGCAGAGGAAUCCAACUUCCCCUUCAUCAAGAUCUGCUCUCCUGAUAAGAUGAUUGGCUUUUCUGAGACUGCCAAGUGUCAGGCCAUGAAGAAGAUCUUUGAUGAUGCAUACAAAUCACAACUCAGUUGUGUGGUUGUGGAUGACAUUGAGAGAUUACUCGAUUACGUCCCUAUUGGCCCCCGGUUUUCUAAUCUGGUAUUACAGGCUCUUCUUGUGUUACUGAAAAAGGCACCUCCUCAGGGCCGCAAGCUCCUUAUCAUUGGAACCACUAGCCGUAAAGAUGUCCUUCAGGAAAUGGAAAUGCUUAAUGCUUUCAGCACCACCAUCCAUGUGCCCAACAUUGCUACAGGAGAACAGCUGCUGGAAGCUUUAGAGCUUUUGGGCAACUUCAAGGAUAAGGAACGGACCACGAUUGCACAGCAAGUCAAAGGGAAGCAAGUCUGGAUAGGAAUCAAGAAGUUACUAAUGUUGAUUGAGAUGUCCCUCCAGAUGGAUCCCGAAUACCGAGUGAGGAAAUUCCUGGCCCUCUUAAGAGAAGAAGGAGCUAGCCCCCUUGACUUUGAUUGAAAAUGGACUGUUUACAACACAGUGACCAACAGGAAGUGACCAAGGUGAAGAUUGCCUGGGAUCUUCAUUCAUCAUGAUACUAGACUACACAAAAUGUUCUCCAUCUUCAGCGUGUGCUCGCUCUGCAUGAUUAGUGCAAUAAAUUGCCCUUCCUCGUGCUACUAGAGAUACCGUCAUAUUUGUGGAAGGUGUGAACUUGUUUUAGAAUGAAUGCUAUGCUGUCCUUUCCAUGCAAGCUGGUUCCUUCUUCCUCAUUGAUAUAUCGGAGACGCUCUAUCUGUGCACCUCUUCCAGCCCCCAAAGCUCUCAGUAAGUGGAAUGAAUGCUGCAAAGCAACCCUCGCAUUGCCUGUCAGAAAGUAGACUUUGCCUAUGGAAACCAAGAGCAGAGAGUAGAGGUACAGAUUCCAAGGGGCUCUUACAGCUUCUCUUGCGAACACUAGAGGUAAUCAGCUAUUUGGUUAAAGAUUCUGUCACACAACGGGUAUUAUCUCUGCCUGAAGAAAUUAGGCAUUUGAAUUUCUAAAACACUGUUCUCAAUCAUUCUCAGAGACAUUUCCAAGUUGCAAUCAGGAGAUCUUUCUUAACAGAACAUUCUAUUAUUACUGUGUUAGCUGUGAUGUCCCCUGAAUGUAAUUAAUUUGCCUGUGGUAAGAAAUAUGCUCAUCAUUACCACCUGAUUGAUGUUAAGAACUUAUGAAAGAUGUGUGUGGAAAUACGUACACCUCUAAACAGAAAGGAGCUAUUAAACUAACAUAAUUUACAGACCUCUCAGCACUAAUUAGUGUCCAACUCUAAGUGGGUCAGUUCCUUAGGAUAAUAUUAAAGGCUUACUCAUAUCACUUUUCCUUUUUUCUUUAGCCUAAUGACUUACUUAGAAUUUAUCUUUCCUGUAUUUUCAGUGCUCUACCAUCUAGUAUAUAAACACUAUUCUACAGAAACAUGACCAUUCCUGGCCCUCCCCCAGUCUUUGACUGCCCAUUCCUGUGUUUUGCACCAUCCCCUGUCAUCCACACACUUCUUUCAACAGCAGAAAGAGAAUCUAUCAUGUCCUUCUGAGGGGAGGGGGGGGUGUUCUUCUUGCUGAGUUAGAAAGAAGUUAAUUAGGUCAUCAUCCGUGGUGAAGACUUGUGGAGCAUGUCACUCUCCCCUCUGCUGCUUAAACAACCUUCAGAACCAUCCUGGACACCACCACCACCCACCGCCUGAGGCUGUUGCUGCAAUGGCUCUUAGGUGUGGCUCUGUGGCUGUCCCCACAGAAGAAGGCGAAUCAUUUCUAAAUCCUGCCGUCUGUAUAUUUUUGUUGUGAGUUUUCCCUGGCUUAUUUGUGGCUUUUGAAACAGUGGCUUAUAUUGUGAAAAUCUGUGAUUGCUGGUGGCCAGUAUCCUGGAUCCCAUUUCUGUCCUGCCUCUCUCGGGCUCCCCUAAGCAGCACACUUUGUAUUAACUUAUGUCUCUUGUUCAUUGAGGUUAAUGUCUUUGUGUUUGGUCCAAAACUAUAUUGAACAAAAUAAAUAUUAUAUUGUUUAAUGCAAAUUGAAGGAAUGCAAUAAAGAGUAAAUACAAACACCUGAAAA